AUGAAGACCUCUAUUGCCAUCAUUUCUGCUUCCGUGGCUUCUGUCAUGGCCGGCCCCUUCCCCAUCAGCACCAAGCAAUGCAACGUUGUCCCCAGCGCUGCUGUCAACGGCAAAGUCCAUCCUUACCAUAACGGCAAGGCUGACACUGCAGUUGACUGCCAGACCGACUGUGCUUCUGAUGAUUCCUGCCAGAGCUUUGCUUUUGGUCUUAUCAAGGGGGCUCACCAGCCCAGCUGCCUUCUUUUUGAGGUGUCUGCUGCCAAGGUGCCUGCUCGCAACGAUGGUCUGCACGUCUUUGACAAGGAGUGUGCUGCUGAUCGUGUGCCUACUUCGGCUCCUACCACUGCUCAGCCUUGGGGAACUGUUCCCAAGAAGGUCCUCGUGCGCCGAGCUACGCAGUGCAACUGUGCUGCUACUGGCUCUGCGGACAACAGUGUUCAGCCUUUCAAGACCACUACUGCGGCUACUGCAAAGGACUGCCAGGCUCUUGCUGAGGCUGACACUUCUUGCUUGAGCUUCCUCUAUGGUCUCUCUGGUGACCCCAAGUCUCCUGUCUGCAAGCUCUACAAGGUCGCGGCCUCCAAGAUCCCUGCUCGCAGCGACAGCCUCUUUAUCUUUGACAAGGGAUGCUCCUCCAAGCAGGUCCCCACCACCGCUCCUACCGAAGAUGCUCCUCGUGGUCUUGUCUCUGUAUCCGUCAAGGUCACCAAGGGUGACAACAAGAACGAGUAUCAGGACACCAAGGCUAAGUCUUCCAAGAACGAUGAGCACAAGGAAGUCGCAAAGGCCAAGAGUACCAAGGUCCAGAUCUCUCAACCCAAGGCUACCAAGGUCAACAAGAGUGAGAAGAACAAGGUCCAGUAUGCUGUACUUGAGGUCACUGAACAUGCUGUGAGCCCCAAGCUCAAGUCUACCAAGACUUUGAUUUCGAAGCCUAAGGCCACUAAGGUCGCCAAGGUUGAGAACGGAAAGGAUCAGUACGCUCAGCCCACCAAGGUUUCCAACCCUAAGACCAAGGUAACCAAGAUCGCUGAGGUUGAAAACAAGAACGAGACUCAGGACAACAAGGCCAAGGACACUGAGUCCAAGGGCACCAAGGCUGAGGAUACCAAGGCCAAGGCUGAGGGCAAGAAGCAGGCCAAGGCUACCAAGGUCCAGGGCAAGCAGUAUCAGGCCACCAAGAUCGCCGAGAUUGAGAGCAACAAGGGCAGCAAGGGUCAGGGUACCAACAACAACGACGCCAAGGUCGACAGCCCCAAGACUCUGGUUACCAAGGUUCGCAACAACGAGCAACAGGCAACCCAGGCUGCCAAGGCUGACGGCAAGAAGUCUGAGUGCAAGACUACCAAGACUUCCAAUGCCCAGCCCAAGGUCACCCAGGCUUACUAG